AGCCCCAACUGUCAGAGGGAGGAACCAGGUUGAGGUGGAGCCUGGCAGUUUGAGUCUGUGGGUAAGUCCCUUUGGGGUUAGACUUGUGUACAGGUCUUCGGUGGGCUGGGGCAGCAGAGUUUGGACCCUGGGCUGUAGCUGUUGUCUAUGAACAGUUUUGAAGUGGCUAGGCCCUGGGUUCUUAGUUCAGCCUGGGGUCAGUGUUAGUCCUGUAGGUGUUUGGGUUAGGAGAGGAGUCUGUGGUUUGGUUUAGGGGCCAGGUGGUCAUCAGGGUUAAAAUUUGUGAAGAGAAGAAUGGUCUGCCAUUAGGGAGGAAGAAGAAAAAAAAUGAACAUAUACUGAGCUACUUAUGUGCCAGGUACUUUACAUAUAUUAUCUCCUGUGCAGUAACUGAAGCUCAGAGAGAAGUAAACACACAACCAGUAAGCAAAAGGGAUUUAAAGCUGGGUUUCCCUAAAAUCACAGCUCUUGCUCUUCUAACCCUUCCCCUACUUCCUGAGAGGGUGUCUCUGAGACAGGUGAUUCAAAAAGGAAACUGAGCGACUGUGGGAGAUGGUGGGCUGUGCACAGGCAGGUCACCCACAGAGCUGAACCCCACCCUGCCUGGCACUCUCUACUCAGCUGUGGGCCGCCACUCAGGUAAUGGUGGUGUUGUUCUCAGGUGGAUUCUUCGAAGCCAUGGACUCCUCCACAGGGCCUGGGAUGCCUCUGCCCAAAUACUGUAGCAUGACCACAACCCUGAAGGCCCCUUGCUGGGACAGUGCUGCUCCUCCCUGGGACCUGUCCUUCACCUGCCCCUUUGCCCUCCGAACUCCCUGGCUCACCAGGCACAACCUCCUCACAAGGUAUGUGUCUUAUCACCCAUGUCUCCACAUCACUGACCCAGCAUGGCAGGAGCCUGGCUGGCUGGGAAGAGUUGGAGAUGCUGCUGACCCAUGGGUCCUAGCAAGAAGGGAACCAGAUGGCUUUUAUUACCGGGCUCAGAUAAAGCCUGCUCCAGAGCUGGAGAGGCAAGGGACUCUGUUUGUGGAAUUUGAGGCCCCCGCUGUCACAGGCCCAAAGCAGCCAGCCCAGCAGCAUGGUGUGGUCUUGGAGGAAGAAGUCAUUCAGCUCUCACCACCCAUGGCAUACUCACUGAGACCUGGGGACAAGGUGCUGGCACCCUGGGAGCCAAAUGGACAGCGGUAUGGACCUGGCACUGUUCUCUUGGGCUUGGAGACCAGAGACCCUCAGAGAGUAUCAAAGGAUGAAGAAAUCACUGUUCACUUCUGGAAUGGCAAGACAGCUAAAGUGCCUCUAGGUGGGGUCAGGUGGGUGCCCCUAACUGUCUGGAAGGCGGCUGUGGAGAAGCUACACAAGCCUUUCACGAGAGAACACCCCAGCCCCCUCCUCUGGGCCCCUUGCUGCACUCUGCUAGGGUCGGCCACUGGAUAUGUCACCAAAAGGCUGCCUCUGGGCACUCCGUUCCUGUGCCCUUUCUGCCAUCCCCACGCCUGCUGCCAGCUGCUGUGCCAGGGCUGCCUCUGCUGCUGUCCCUUAGCUGGACCCACCUGGUGGCCUCUAACUCGGACCUCAGAGGUCACAGCCAGAGAACUUCCAGAGCCAGAGCUGAAGCCCACAGCUCAGCUUUUGCCCCUAGAGGGUCCUAAAGAGGAGGACGUAGCAGUGCAUGUGCCCAUGGCUGUUUCUUCUUCUUCCUCCUCCUCUUCUGAAGAAGAGGAUUUGGGGAAGGAUUUGGAGAUGGGCCCUCCCCAAAGACUGAUGGUGAACAGCACAGUCAACACAGGCCCCAUCCCUCCGGAGAAGUCUCCACGGCAGAGUGGAUUCUGUCAGCCAGAAUGGAGGUAUUGGAGGAGAAAUGGCCCUGAGCCGCGUCCUAGGAAGCCAGGUAUACCCAGGGCACAGGGUUGUCUGCUAGGGCAGUGGCUGAGGCCCACUGCUCCAUUCCUGUCCAUGUGUCUGUCAGGAAUCUGAUGCAGGUUUCCACCAUGUUAGGAUUGGAGGUAACACUUUGGAGUGUGGUCAUGUUCAAGGGGAGGCUGUGAUAAGAGGGAAAUGCUAGGUUUCCAUUUAAGCAAUAAAGCCCAACAAGAAAGAAUGGGCUGAUCUUUGUGCUAAGGUUUGCAUCCCUGUUUAAUACCUGUCUUUUCUUCCUUCACUGAUCUUUACUGACAGGGCACUGCCAUUGUCUGAUUUUGCCACUCUCCCCGUUUUUUUUUCUUGGAGGCCUUAGUUUUUCUCUAGGUGAAUUGUCAAAAUGCUUCCAAGUGUUGAUAAGGGUGGUCAAUGCCUCGAAAAGCACAGAAACCUGUGGGUAAACACUGGUCAUCAGGCCCCUUGUCCUAGAUGAGCCCCGCAGGAUGGGAAGGACCAGGGCACUGCAUUAUGCUGCUGAUUGUUCCCAGCUAGCAGGGAAAAGCAGUGUUUAAAUUGUUAGCAGUCUGCAGCCGUCCCCAUACUUCUUAACCUCAAGCUAAAAACUGUACGACAUCCCCUGGAGGUCUCAGGGGCAGCCUAUCAUUGAUCUGCCUCACAGCCACCCUAUCUGAAUUCUAAGGAGACCAAAAGAGAGCAGAGGCUUAAGUCAGCAGCAGAGCUAUGUGAAGAGGUGGUCUGGAUAGGCCUGGCGCUAGACUAGAUUCUUGGGGCCCUGGGGUCACUCACCGAUUUAAAGCUCAAUAGAGAGGGUACCUGGGGCAGGCAUACUGUGAGGGUUAAGGAAUACUCCUGCUAAGGUCUUAAGGCUCUCUAGACACUGUAUGGUACCUAUUUGAAGCUCCCCUAUUUCCAGGAUGGCUGCUUACUAGGAAGAACCUCUUAGCCCAUGAGAAUUUUAAUCCUGCCUCAGGGGUAAGGAGUUUGUUAAGCUUCAGUUCUGGAAAACUGAGAAAUUGUUUCUACAAUGAGACGCUUUCCUGAGUGACUCUUUUGGACCUCUGGGCUUUGGGAUAGGUGGGGAUGUACUGAUAAAAGUCUGCUCUUGUAUGUUUUUCCAAAGUGAACCCCAACUUUAUUUAUUUAGCAUUUAUUUACUUAGGAUAAAACAUUUUUAAAAAUAAUUUUUGUUGUUGUUGAGAAUAUACACAGAACAUACACCGGUUCAACAAUUUCUACAUGUACAAUUCGGUGACAUUAUGUUCCUCAAAUUGUGAAACCAUUCUCACCCUCCUUUUCUGAGUUCUUCCUCCCCCAUAAACUCACUGCCCUCUAAAGUCCCUACCCAAUCUUUCGAGUUGCUGUUGAGCAUUUGAUCCCGUAUACAUAGAUCUUAAAUGAGCACAGCACUCAAGACUGACUUUCUUUACUAGUUAAGCUAAACUAUUGUUUGGUUUUAAGAAGACUUAAGGGGGUAUUUUUGGUUUAAGGUUUAAAGCUUAUCUCAGAAUAAUGGUUUCAGGGGUUCAUCCAGCCUGCGUGGCUCCAGAAUUACUAUUGCAUUUUAUAGAGGUAUUCCCUGGCUUUCGAUGUGUGAGAUCUUUCCCCCACCUGCGGUAGGGAAAUAACUAGAGGGACAAGAAUCCAGCUAUGACCAGCUGAACUCUCCCUCCCCUCUCCAAGAGGAUACUUUGUACUGAAAAUACGAAGAGGUUCCUUGACUUCUGUGAAAUGGGUCAUUUCAAUAUCACAGUGGGAGGCCUCGCAGAAACAACGGGAAACAGACGUUUCUGUGAGCUCUGCCCUCCCAACAAGUGAUGACACAAAUGGUGUUGAAAUCUAGUUUCCUUGCUAACUUCUCCAGGGCUUCCGCUGCCUCCAGCUUCGGCACAGCCUGGGGAAAGAAAAGCUGUACUUACCCAACACAGAGGAGCUUGUGGGGAGCAACUGAGACAGCAGCAAGCCCAGCAUCAGGGACAGGAGUGAGUCAUAGUGGUCAGGCCUGCCCCACAUACCCUGUCUUCUCAGUGGUUCUGAAACCUGUGCUCCCACUGCUGUGGCUUGCUCCAUGACAAUUCUCUAGGCUGGUUUCAAACCCAAUUAAGUCCAUACAAAAUUUGAUUAGUCCUAAGUAUGCAUUGUUCUUAUCCUCAUUGCGCAAAGCCACUUGGAGCUACAUUUAGUCUCUCUCCCCAUCACUAUUUUAAACAGACCAAUUACAUUUUUGUUUCUCCCUGAAAUGAAUUCUAAGGCAAGUUAACUGAUUAUAACAAAGAGAAAUAUAGUAUCAUCAGGUACUUUGCUGGGUUUUCCUUUAGAUACUGGAUUAUUUGCUAUGCUUCUGGCAAAGGUUAAUUCCUGGGGCUGAACCCUGAGUAUCAACGGACCUGCCCUCUGCCAGGUCCCAGCCCUGUACUCAAGCCCAUGGAGAGCAUGCCUGGGAUGGAGUGUGGAGAAAGGGGACCCCGAGUCCUGGUCAGAUGGAGUACUGUGCACAAAAACUAGUAAAGAUGAAGUGCAUAAAAUCGCAUGUCAGCUGGGGCCAGAAACAAUGGCUAACACUAGAGCUUUUCUUUUUGCCCCUUCAGAUUUGUAUACUUUUAAGGAAAUGUGCUGCUUUGCUUCUCCAAAAUAUGCUUGAUAGCCAUCAAGUACUGAUGUUGGAGUCUGGAGUUCUGCCUCUUACGGAUUGAUCCUCUUGUAUAGCCUCCUGCUCUGUCCCCACCUUUAGUUACAGGCAAUGAGAGGUUACUGUUUGAGCCUAACAAUCUCAGGGAGACCAGACUGUUGUUUGCCAGCAGUCAUGUUGCUCCCCCUUCCUCCCUUGCUCGAGUAAAACAGUAUUCAAGCUGUUGUUUUUAAAGUCAGGAAGGGAUGGAUUUCUUUAAAAGUAUUCUUUCUUUUUUACAUUUUUUUUUUUUUUUUUAUUCCUUAGGAGGAAACCGUGGUGGCAUAGUGGUUAAGCGCUAUGGCUGCUAACCAAAAAGUCAGCAGUUCGAAUCUGCCAGGCGCUCCUUGGAAACUCUAUGGGGCAGUUCUACUCUGUCCUAUAGGGUCACUAUGAAUUGGAAUCGACUCCACGGCACUGGGUUUGGUGUUUUUUUUUUUGUUUGUUUUAUUCCUUAGGAAGUCACAUCUCUCAUUUUUGUUUUGCUUCAUUCAGCUUCUUAGA